AGAGAAGGGGUUUGGGGCCUGGCCGGAGAACCGAGGCUGAGGGCGGUUGGGCGGUUCCGUGGGGCGGUGUCCGGAGAGCUGCGGGGCCCGGGCCCCAGGGGUUCACGCCACAACUCCAGAAGGUGUCUGAGCCAGCGCGCCGGCGAGGGGUAGCGGCUAGUGGGACCCCGCGGGCCGGGACCAUGGGCUGCUUCUUCUCCAAGAGGCGGAAGGCUGAGAAGGAGUCGCAGCCGGAGGGCGAGGAGGAGCGGCCGAAGCAGUACAGCUGGGACCAGCGCGAGAAGGUUGAUCCAAAAGACUACAUGUUCAGUGGACUGAAGGAUGAAACAGUAGGUCGCUUACCUGGGAAAGUGGCAGGACAACAGUUUCUCAUUCAAGACUGUGAGAACUGUAACAUCUAUAUUUUUGAUCACUCUGCUACAGUUACUAUUGAUGACUGUACUAACUGUGUCAUUUUUCUGGGACCGGUGAAAGGCAGUGUGUUUUUCCGGAAUUGCAGAGAUUGCAAGAGCGCACUAGCCUGCCAACAGUUUCGUGUGAGGGAUUGUAGAAAGCUGGAAGUCUUUUUGUGCUGUGCCACUCAGCCCAUUAUUGAGUCUUCCACGAAUAUCAAGUUUGGCUGUUUUCAGUGGUACUACCCUGAAUUAGCUUUCCAGUUCAAAGAUGCAGGGCUCAGUAUCUUCAAUAAUACCUGGAGUAACAUUCAUGACUUUACACCUGUGUCAGGAGAACUCAAUUGGAGCCUUCUUCCAGAAGAUGCUGUCAUUCAGGACCAUGUUCCUCUACCUACCACCGAAGAGCUCAAAGCUGUCCGCCUUUCCACAGAAGCCAGUAGAAGUAUCGUUCCAGUGUCCCGGGGUCAGAGACAGAAGAACAGUGAUGAGUCAUGCUUAGUGGUAUUAUUUGCUGGUGAUUAUACUAUCGCAAAUGCCAGGAAACUAAUUGAUGAGCUGGUUGGUAAAGGCUUUUUCCUGGUUCAGACAAAGGAGGUGUCAAUGAAAGCUGAAGAUGCUCAAAGGGUUUUUCGGGAAAAAGCACCUGACUUCCUUCCUCUUCUGAACAAAGGUCCUGUUAUUGCCUUGGAGUUCAAUGGAGAUGGCGCCGUAGAAGGAUGUCAACUUAUUGUCAACGAGAUAUUCAGUGGGACCAAGUCUUUCUACAGGAGCAUUCUAUUCUACAUAACCUAUCCUUUAAAUCAAAAUGAAUUCAUAGGGCUUCCCUGGUGGCACAGUGGUUGAGAAUCUGCCUGCUAAUGCAGGGGACACGGGUUCGAGCCCUGGUCUGGGAAGAUCCCACAUGCCACGGAGCGGCUGGACCCGUGAGCCACAACUACUGAGCCUGCGCGUCUGGAGCCUGUGCCCCGCAACGGGAGGGGCCGCGAUAGUGAAAAGGCCCGCGCACCGCAAUGAAGAGCGGUCCCCGCACCGCGAUGAAGAGUGGCCCCCGCUUGCCGCAACUAGAGAAAGCCCUCGCACGAACCGAAGACCCAAACACAAACAAAAAUAAAUAAAUAAAUAAUAAAGUAGCUAAAAAAAAAAAAAAAAAAAAAAAAAAAAAAAAAAAAAAAAAAAAAAAUGAAUUCAUAAGAUGCAAAUAAAAAUCGGUGAUAGGUUUAAUAUAAUUUUUAUCAUAAUUUACAAAUGAGCUUUGCCAAGUAGUAGUCAGAGGACAUUAAUUUUUCUCAUAGGUAAGCUAGAUUAAACAUAUUCUUUCUGAUCAUAAUUACAUUAUUAAAUCCCA